GAGAAGACUUGAACGGAAAUUUCAUAACGCAGAGGAAAUUUAGGAGUUCUUGCUUCAACAGUGAUUGAACGGAACUUCUAACUCCAUUUUCGUUUGCUUUCAUAAAACUGUAAAUAUUCUUACAUUCCUGUAUUUUUUUACUUGACAAAAUAUAUUUUUGUACAAUUACUCUUUCGACUGAAGAUGGAAACCUCACAGAUCCGCCAGAAUUACCACCGUGACUGCGAAGCCGCCAUUAACAGAAUGGUCAACAUGGAGCUCUUUGCGUCAUACGCCUACAUGUCUAUGGACCACUACUUUUCCCGUGAUGAUGUCGCUCUGCCAGGGUUCUCUCAUUUCUUUAAGAAGAGCAGUGAGGAAGAACGGGAACAUGCGGAAAAGCUGCUGUCUUUCCAAAACAAGAGGGGUGGACGCAUUUUCCUGCAGGACAUCAAGAAACCAGACCGGGAUGAGUGGGGUACUGGACUGGAUGCCAUGCAGUGUGCUCUGCAGUUGGAGAAGAAUGUGAACCAGGCCCUACUAGACCUGCAUAAGAUUGCCUCUGACAACACUGACCCCCACCUGUGUGACUUCCUGGAGACUCACUAUCUGAAUGAACAGGUGGAGUCCAUAAAGAAGCUUGGAGAUCACAUUACCAACCUGACAAGAAUGGAUGCAAGCAAUAACAAGAUGGCUGAGUACCUGUUUGACAAGCACACCCUGGGGGGCAAAAGCUAAAGUUUUACCCAGUCUUCAUUCUUGACUGCUUAAGAUCCAAAUAAUUUGUUUUGAAUGUUGACAGUAUGGCUUUUACUAUACUCUUGUUAAAUGCUGAAUCUAAUCUCCGGCCGUGUGUUACGGGGAAAAAAUUAACGUUGCAUCUUAUAAGCAGGUUACACAUUCGUACAUUGUGAAUUUGGAACCUUGUAAACCUUCUUGUCAACACUGCAUAUGAGAGUGUGCCUAAAUGGUUUCUCUGUAUUAAAAUUGAAACUGGUCUGCUUACUGUAAUUGUGUGCUUCUGCUUGUCAACAAAUAAAACAUUGGAUCUGAUUGAGACAAA